CCCAUUAUAAAACUUCCCGGACUUUGUUUCAAGCUUUUUUGUUUUGUUUUCGAGGUUGGAUUUUAAUAAUCACAACCAUCUUACCACUACAGCUAUUACGUCUACUUCUGCUAGUUCUGAUAUCAUUAUGGUAUUUGGAUCGUUUUAAAACUUACACACACAUAUAUACUAUCCUAUUGACGUUCUUUUAAACAAACAUGAGACACGGCUCAGCCAGACGGUGUAUUUUUGAAAAAUACUGAUUGGACUGCUCUGAAAAUUUCUCCAGUUUUUCCUUUCACAAGAAAGUAGUAUAUUUGUGCAAAAUGCCACCACUUGCAUGCGUGUGUGUAAUCAAUAGUUAAAAAAAACAAACUAAAAACAAGUCAUAUUUGUUUAACUAAUGGAAGAUAUACCAUUGAAUCCAAUUUUGCCCAAACCAACAAACCGAAACUUAUGUAUGAAUCAGAGUUCCAGUGACGACGAACCUACCGAACGUACUAGUUUGCUUUCAUCACCAGCCAGUUCAGGCAGCCCACCUCGAAAUCAUCCCAACAUGGAGACAUAUAUUGAUGCUGAGCGCACUGAACGUAUGAAUCGACGGGGUCAACGACCCGACAUACGCGGAAUAUAUGAUAAUGAUCGAGAAGCUGAGGUUGACCCCUCAGAAUCAGAAGUUAGCAUUCCUGCAACAGUGGCCCGUAGGAAAGGGUACAGCUCUGGCACUGAGGAAGAAGAAGAGACCCUACUGUAUGGUGCCAAACAUGUCAUCAUGUUGUUUGUUCCUGUCACAUUGUGUAUGAUUGUGGUUGUGGCAACAAUCAGCUCUGUCACAUACUACACUCAGCCAGGUGGAUACUUGAUCUACACUCCAUUUCACGAAGAAACAGAUGAUUCUGGAACAAAAGUUUGGCAAUCCUUUGCCAAUGCCUUCAUUCUUCUCGGAGUCAUAGCUGUUAUGACUGUUGUGCUGCUGUUAUUAUAUAAAUACAGGUGCUAUAAGGUCAUACAUGGCUGGCUUAUUGUAUCCUCCCUCUUGUUGCUCUUUAUGUUUUCCUACAUGUACUUAGGGGAAGUAUUAAAAGCUUACAAUGCUCCCAUGGACUACAUCACUGUGGCCAUUUUAAUGUGGAACUUUGGGGUCAUUGGAAUGAUUUGCAUUCACUGGAAGGGCCCAUUGUUAUUGCAGCAAGCCUACCUCCUGAUGAUUAGUGCUUUGAUGGCACUUAUUUUUAUUAAAUACUUACCUGAUUGGACUACUUGGUCAGUGCUUGGAAUUAUGGUUUUCUGGGAUUUAGUUGCUGUACUUUGUCCUAAAGGUCCUCUACGUGUCUUAGUAGAGACAGCUCAGCACAGAAACGAAGAUAUUUUCCCAGCUUUGAUAUAUUCCUCCACAAUGGUAUGGCAGAUUGUUACCAUGGCAGAUGAGUCACCUAAAAGAGAUUCUGGUGCAAACAGUACUUCAACACUCGCUACAGAUGUCCAUUCUUCACCAGCUACAAAUGCUACAUCUAACCCAGAAGCAGGAACUAAUAUCUACCGUAAUGAUGUUGAUGCUCACAACUUAACCAACAGUAUUGAUUCCCAAACAGCACGCCGAGCUAUUGAUGCCCUUGGCGAAAUGGAGAAUGAUCCAAAUUCAGAAGCUAAUAAUCGCCCUCCUGCUGAUAGAAACCAACGUUCUCAAGGCUCUGGAGAAGAAGAGGAAGAAGAAAGAGGUGUAAAGUUGGGUCUUGGAGACUUUAUAUUCUAUGGUGUUCUAGUUGGUAAGGCUUCUUCCUAUGGAGAUUGGAACACAACACUGGCAUGUUUUGUAGCUAUAUUGAUUGGAUUAUGCUUCACUCUGCUUCUGUUGGCAAUAUUUCGAAAAGCUCUACCUGCUUUGCCUAUCUCGAUUACAUUUGGACUGAUUUUCAAUUUUGCCACCCGUGGCCUUGUACGACCAUUCAUGGAUAAUUUAGCAAGUGAACAGAUGUAUAUAUAACCUUUGAUGAAAUUACUUUUAUUGUCAUUGUUAACUAUAUCCCAAGAAAGAGUAUCCUCGUCUAUAGACAGCAAUCAUUGCCCUGUAUAUGUCUUUCAUUACUGCUUCUUUUGUUCUUAGACAAUGGUUAUUUUAACUUCCUCAGAGAGACUUUUCUAUCAUCAUAAUCAUCAUCAUCAUCAUCCUUGUUUGACGACUGCUAAAAUUUUGAAGAAAAGUUGUUUUGUUUUUAUGCAAGAUUUAAGAUUGUAGAAAAUCAUGAAUCGACACAAUCAACAGACCAAAUGUUUAUUUAUCCUUGAAUUCUAAGAGUCAGCUAUAUUUAAGGACAUCCAAAUGCUGAUAUGGAUGAAAUUGGUUCUUUGACUGACCCUCCCAUGCCCUUCCCAUACAUAUACAUACAAUGAUAUUUUGUAUUGCCAUUCCAGUAGUUUCUAGAGAAGGCAAAAGGAAAAUGCCUUUAUUCUCCAAUAUUGAUUCUUACAUGUAAAUACAUUCAUCAUUGCUGACCCAAUGUUAUUCCACUAGUUAGCAAGGUUUCCUUCCCUGUAAGGGAGUUCAAUACUCAAAACUAUUCUCCUUCCCCAUCCUGCAUGCAUACACUCACACACACUUCACUUCCUUGAACCUUUCUGAUACUCUCUUCCAUCCGUCUUGUAUUUUGAGCGACACAAAACUCACCUAUUAUCAAGCUGUCUUUGUUAUUCAUUCUAUGGGAAAGGGAAAAUAUUAACAUUUUUAACCUAACAGUAUCUUUCUGUAUCAGAACAUUGCAUAUUGACACGUUACAUAUUUUCUCUAACCCUUCAUUUAUAAAGUAUACUCUUGUGUGUGUGUGUGUGUGUGUGUGUAGUAGUAGUAGUAGUAUUAGUAGUGGUUGCAGGGGUUCUUUAAGAUGUUUUGUGAAUUCAACAUUUGUUGAUAUAUGAAAUUUGUUUGCACUAAUUUAACUAUUACUUGGUAUUUAAAAUCUUUAUUUAAACAAAAAUUUUGUGUUUAUUCAGUAUAUUUGUGUGUGUAUGUGUAGUAUACUAAAAAUACAUGCAUACUAUAUAUAUAUGUUUGUAUACAUACAUACAUAUAUAUAUAUGUCUGUUUGUAUACAUACAUAUAUGUUUGUAUACAUACAUACACACACACAUAUAUAUAUAUAUAUAUAUAUAUAUAUAUAUAUAUAUAUAUAUAUAUAUAUAUAUAUAUGUAUAUAUGUAUAUAUAUAUAUAUGUAUGUUUGUAUAUAUAUAUAUGUAUGUUUGUAUAUAUAUAUAUGUAUGUUUGUAUAUAUAUAUGUAUGUUUGUAUAUAUAUAUGUAUGUUUGUAUACAUAUAUGUAUGUUUGUAUACAUAUAUGUAUGUUUGUAUACAUAUAUAUGUGUUUGUAUACAUAUAUAUGUAAGUGUAUAUGUUUUUUAUGUAUUGUAUUUUAAAUGCACACACACACAUUAAAAACAAAGAAAAUAUUUUGAGAAUUCUAUUUAUGAAUAAAAGGAAGAAAAUAUAUUCUUAUCAAAAUAUGCUACCGGUUUCAAUUGUAUAAGAUAACUUAGUAAUGCUAUAAGAGAAGGGAAAAUAAAUUGAAUAAAAUUAAUAUUUCAUGAUAAUAUAUAUAUAGAUACACACACACCUUUGAUUUAUGUCUGUUAUGCCAUGGUAGUUUGAGUUAGAUGUAUAUAUUAUUGAGGCAUUUUUUUACAGCUCAGUGCUCUUCUAUUUACUAACAUGUACUUGCUUUUCAAGUAAAGAAUUCCUUAUGUCUUUGAAGGCAUGAAGGUAGUAAAUGAUUUUUCACAACAGAAAAUGACAGCAUCAGUGAUUUCAGAGAAGUACAAAUAUAAACAAGCACACUGAUACACACUCAUAUGUGCACAUGCAUACAUAUACGCAAUAAGCUUCUUUUUGUUUCCAUUUACAAAAUCCACUCACAAGACCUUGUUCAAAUUGCUACACAGUAGGACCAAACACAAAACCAGGUAGUUGGAAAGUAAACUUCUUAACUACACAGCCAUGCCAUGAUUCAAACAUGCAAUAGCACCUAUUCAUUACUACUCCAGACUCUGUCCUUCACAGUUCCUGUGAAGAAAGGAAACUGUAAACUUAAUCACACAGUCAUGCUUGUGCCUCAAGCUAUAGUUUUUAAGAAGGGCAUUCAGCUAUAGAAAUCACGCCAAAAGAGACAAUGGAACCUGGUGCAGCCCCUGGCCUUAUCAGCUCCUGUCAAGCUGUCCACCUAUGCUAGCAUGGAAAAUGGAUGUUAAAUGAUAAUGACUUUUAUGUGUAUAAAUAUAUAUGCAUAAACAUUAUAUGUAUAUGAAAUAUAUAUAUGACUGUGUGCUUAAGAAGUUUGUUUCCCAACUAUGUGAUUUUCAUUCAUUAUGUGGUACUUUCAGCAAGUAUUUUCUGCUUAGCUCCAAGCCAACCACACCCUUGUGAAUGUGUUUGCUUGAGAGAAACUGAAAGGAAUUCAUCAUGUAUGUCUACAUCUCUCUCUCGUCAUACAAGCAGAGUUUACUUUCAAACUUACAUGGAAACAGGUGAGGAUUAGCAAUAGGAAGAGCAUGUAGAUGUAAAAAAUUUGCCUCAGUGAAUUCCAUCUAACCCAUGCAAGCAUGAUAUAUGCUCGCUCAAUACACACAGACAUACAUAUGUAUAUCAUCAUCAUUGUUUCAUGUCCACUUUUCUUUGCUUACAUGGGCUAGAUACUUUGUUCAAGUAGAUUUUCUACCUUCCUGUCACCAACCCUCACUAGUUUCUAAUGAAGGUAAUAUUUUCCUAUGGUCAGACAUGGUUUUCAUUGAAGGCUUGGAAAUGAACAUCAUUUGUAUGAUGACGAUGCUCAUUUACAAUCAUCACAUGAUGCAAGAUGAGAGUAUGCACUGGCCCCGACACAUUAUAUAUAUAUAUAUAAUGGGCCUCUUUCAGCGUCUGACUACCAAAUCCACUCACAAGGUUGCUAUAGUAGAAGAUACUUGCACAAGGCACUGCACCUAAGUCUACAUGGUAGGGAAACAAAUUUCUUACCCAUAAUACAUAUAUAUGUGUGUGUGUAUCAUUGUUUUAACAUCUACUUUUCCAUGCUUGCUUGGGUAGGAUGGAGCUUAGUGAGGCAGAUACUCUUCUUCCUGCCAACCCUAAUCUGCUACCAAGGAAAACAGUAUUUCCUCAUGGUCAUGUUUACACAGAGCAUUGGAAAUGCAUGACACUUCUUGUAUGACAGUGACACACACAACAGGCUUCUUUCAAUUUCUACCUACCAAAUUUACUCACCCAAGGUGCCAUGCAGUGGUACAGGACCCCAUGUGGUUGGAAAGCCUUGCCUGCACCUGUAUGUAUAUACAAAUACUAAAUAUAUGUAUAUAGAUGCCAAAUAUAUGUGCAUGUGUGUCUAUAUAUAUAUAUAUAUAUAUUAUACACACGUUGCAAAUGUAUAUAUAGAUUACAUGCAUGCUAAAUAUAUAAAUUCUAAAUAUGUGUUUAUAUGUGUAUGUAUGCAUAUAUAUAAAUUUAUAUAUACGUAUGUAUAUAAAUGUAUAUGUAUGCAUCUAUAUAUAUAUAUAUAUAUAUAUAUAUAUGUGUGUGUGUGUGUAUAUAUUUCAAUUAUUUUUUAUAAUAAAACAAACCCACCCACCCACCUGAACCCCUUUCCCCUAACUCCAUGAUACAAAUUUCUUGUAUUGAAGGGAUCUAAAUUAAAGCUUUCUGUUAAUUUAUGUUCCAUACAAAAUCUUAAUGACAAAAAUUAUUUUACUCAAUUCUUCAUUAUUUAAAAAAAAUCAGAUAAAGCAGGGUAUUUCACCAGAAAUACAGUAAGAGGGGUUAAUCAUUGUCAUCAUAGUUUGUGUUAAUACCAAUAAAAUCUAUAUCUGCUUAAGAAAACAGGUUAAAUGAUACAUUUUUCUUUGUUUUUUUCACAUUGCCAUUGUUUAAAAAUGUUUUUCCAUAAUUUCGCUGUAAGGGAUUGAUAAUAAACCAAUAUUUUCAUGUAGAAACUUACUAAA